UGGACGCAAAACGAUGGCAGAAAGCACGACGCCGGCCGCUCCAGCGCUGACGUCCAAGGAACUGCGCGCAUCGCUGCAAGGGUGCAUGAUUCAGAACCAAGUCAACUUUUGUGUAGGCGGCGUCCUCGCAGGUGUUCCCAUCAGCAUCUACAGCAAGAAGAUGUACCCGUUUGCAGUUCUCGGCGUGCUUGGGUCGUUCAUCGACUACUCGUUCCCGUACGAUUCCAAGUGCGUCGAAAUCCAGCGCGCGUUGGACGACGCGCUGGCCCGCGAACAGGCGUCUUCAUCUCCAGCGACACCAUCUACCCCUUCAUCCUCUCCAUAGCAAUCGUUGCAUUAUAUAUCGACUUGCAAUGUCUCCCGUUUGCGCUGUGCCUC